AAGACAUACAGGAAGUGCAUCGUCUCUUCUUGACUCGAGAUUUACAGUAAAACAACAAGACGCCACUGCGCGCGCUUGACUCAACUCCAUUCAGCUCUACAGAUCAAACCACUGGAGCUCUCUCUGUGCAGACUGGGAUUAUGGCUCAAUGGUUGCAAUAUGCAAUAUUGCUGACUGCUGUUUUACGUGUUUGGUCAUCUACUGAGACGAGCAGAAGACGAGAGUUCACAGAGGCACAGAUAUACCUGAGACGGUUUGGAUAUCUAGAUACUCCACUGAACCCAGACGCUCAGAGAGAUUCCAGUGAGUGGGAUAUGAAAGUGGCUGUUAGUCUCUUUCAGAGGGUGUCAGGGCUGUCAGUCACUGGAAAUCUUGACAAAGCUACUCUUCUUAAAAUGAGGCAGCCGCGGUGUGGUGUUGAGGACCCCUUCAACCAAAAGUCUUUCAAAUACAGGCGAUUUGGUGGAUUUUGGCGAAAGAAAAACUUAACAUAUCGAAUUUACAACCACACACCAGAUAUGGGGAAAAGUGCAACAGAGACAGCCAUCCGCUCAGCCUUUAACUACUGGAGUGAUGUCGCGCCACUCAGCUUUAAAGAGGUUCACUAUGGGCUUGCUGAUAUUAGAAUCUCAUUUCACAAGAGAGAUGGCUGUCCUUCACCUUUUGAUGGUCCUGGCCAUGUUCUUGCCCAUGCUGAAGCCCCUCCAUCAGGAAUAGUUCACUUUGAUGAAGAUGAAUUCUGGACUGAAGGGAAGUAUUAUGGUUCCAAUCUACGUAUUGUUGCGGCUCAUGAGAUCGGCCAUGCUCUUGGCUUGGGACAUUCUCAGUACAGCGGUGCUCUUAUGGCAGCGCACUACACUGGCUAUCAAGCCAAUUUUAGACUGCACAUUGAUGAUAUCAGAGGAAUCCAAGCCAUAUAUGGUAAAAAGAUAUCCAGUACAACUACUACUGAUGAUAUCUAUGAUGAGGUAACACAUCCCACUACCAUGGCCCCAUUCCCCAGGAGCGAUGUGCUAGAUCCAUGCAAUGCUAAACUUGAUGCUAUAAUGCUGGGUCCCAGGCGCAAGACGUAUGCGUUUAGUGGGGAUUAUGUGUGGACGGUGACAGAUACGGGCCAUAACUCUCCAGUAAAAAUAAGUCUGCUAUGGAAGGGGCUGCCGGGAAACCUGAAUGCAGCUGUAUAUUCCCCAAGAACCAACAAGACGUACUUCUUUAAAGGUGAAAAAGUUUGGAGGUUCACAAAUUACCGCCUUGACUAUCGAUACCCCAAACCACUAAAAAGAAUCCCUGCCAACAUCGAUGCUGCUUUGUAUUAUGAGAAGAACAAGAAAAUUUUCUUCUUUAAGGGCUCAGGCUAUUGGCAGUGGGAUGAGAUGGUUUAUAAUGACCUCAGCAUUUAUCCCAAACCCAUUUCCCGUCUGUUUACUGGCAUCCCAUCAAAUCCUGAUGCAGCUUUCACAUGGACCAAUGGGAAGAUGUAUUUCUUCAAGGGCGACAGGUACUGGCGCGUGAAUGAGCAGCUAUCUGUUGAUUCUGGAUAUCCGCUCAGUAAGCGUGUCCGCUGGAUGAGAUGCAGCUAAUCUGCCCCAUUGUUUUCCUUUAAACUCAGUGAACGUUUAAAACUACACUAUGCAAAUUUUGGCCUUCAGCUUCACACCACCCACAGCCAAAGCUCCUUUUCUUUGUGUACGGAUAAGAUUGGUGAAUGAUGUAUGUAUGCAAUUUCCUGUGUAGUCUGUCCUAACAGCUCUAAAAUAUAAUUAAUGUAGGUUUAUCAAAAUGUAUUUUAGUAAAGACAAGGUUUGCACUCUCUCAUUAAUGACAUUUUGUUAUUUAUUUUCUAAAAAGGUUAGUGUAGCUUUAAUCAUUUUUGUCUUUCACAAUGGCUAAUGCUUUCAUUUCUUUGAACUUUGGUAUUCUGUAUCUUGUGUCUUCAUCAAUUUUGGUUGGCAUGCCAUGAAGUCUGUUAAAGUGACAGUUAAAUUGGGAAUACACUAAGAGAGCUGAAUUCAUUUGAGCAUCUGCAUUGUGCAACAUGCACAUUUUAUUGUAUGUUCUAUAUGUCUAAAAUAAGGCCUAAAAGGUUUCAUUUCACCAUUCAUUCUCAACCAACCAUACAUACUGUACAGUGCAUUUUUCACGUUAUGUUGCAGACUUACAGUCUUAUGCUAAACUGCUUUAAAUUACUAAAUUACUCUACACCCCAUAAUGACAAAGUUAAAUCUGAUUUAUGAUAACAUUGUUUAUUAAAAAGAAAAAAGAAAAAACUAUGAUAAUUGCAUUGCAUAAAUAUUCAGACCCUUUCCUUUGAUACCUAAAUUUUAGUUUCCCAUAAUAAGUAUUCCUAUUUCUCUGGAUCAUCUUUGAUAUGUUUCUAGACUUCGAUUGGAGUUAGUU